CCCAUUGUUGUCGGCGCGCGCGGCGGGGCGGGAGCGGCCCCGGACCCCCCCGGGAGCGGCCCCGGGGCCCCCCCAGCGCCCCCCGCCCCCAGCCGGGCCCCAGAACCCCCCCGGGCACCGGGCGCUCCGGUCCCGUCCGCUCCCGCCGCGCUCUCCAUGCGAGCCGAGCCCCGAUGGCCGCGGUCCCGAGCGCCGCCAGCAAGCGCAAGCCGGAGGAUGGACCGGGAUCGGGAUUGGGAUCGGGAUCGGGAUUGGGAUCGGGAUCGUCCAGCGGCGCCACCUCGGACGACGAGAUCGCCACCAGCGACAGCGGCGACAGCUGCGACAGCGGCGGCAGCACCGGCAGCGCCGCGCCCCCGUCCAUCCUGCGGCGCUCCCGGGCGCGCCGGGGCGGGAAGCGCGUGCGCUUCGCCCAGGUCACCGUCUACUACUUCGCCCGGCGCCAGGGCUUCACCUGCGUGCCCAGCGCCGGGGGCAGCUCCCUGGGCAUGGCCCCGCGGCACCACCGUGCCCGCAGGUACAGCCUCAGCCAGUUCGCUCACCUGCGCCAGGUGAGCCACCGGCAGCACCUGCGGCAGCACCUGCGCCGGGAGAAACUGCGCGCCAGGAGGAGAGAGCUGACCCAGAACGGCACGGUGCCGUCGGCCGAGGCCGCGGGGCUCACCUUGGCCGACGUGUCCGACGACGACCUGGACGUGGGGCAGGUGGAGGUGGGCGAUUAUUUCUACCUGCAGCCGCUGCCCACCAAGCGGCGCCGGGCGCUGCUGCGCGCCUCGGGCGUGCGCAGGAUCGACGCCGAGGAGCGGCAGGAGCUGCGGGCGCUGCGCCUGUCCCGCGAGCAGUGCGGCUGCCUGUGCCGCCUGACCUGCGAGCCGCGCACCUGCGCCUGCAGCCAGGCCGGCAUCCAGUGCCAGGUGGAUCGCACGUCGUUCCCGUGCGGCUGCUCCCGGGACGGCUGCGGGAACGUGGCCGGGCGCAUCGAAUUCAACCCGCUGCGCGUCCGCACGCACUUCCUGCACACCCUGAUGAAGCUGGAGCUGCAGAGCCGGCGCGAGGAGGAGGAGGACGAGGAGGAAGGAGCUGCUGGCCCCAGCUGGCCGCCCCCGCAGCCCCCCGAGACUCAGGACUUCCAGGAGUACCUGGCGGAGAACGAGCGGGCGGUGCUGCACCUGCAGACGGCCGAGGAGCUGGAGAGGCUGAAGGCUGAGGAAGACUCCGGAAGCGGCUCUGGGGGAGAGGGGGGCGGGGUCUGCGUGCUGGGGGAGCAGCUGGAUGACAGCUGGCAGGUGAAAGCCCCCCCGUGCCCCGGGCUCGCCCCCACCAUCCUGAUCCCGGCGCAGUUCCCGCUGGAGUCUCCUGUGCUGUGCUACCCCCCGGGGCAGCCGGCCCAGGUGGGCUCCCCGCCCUACCUGCCCGAUGCACCUGGGCUCUACUGCCAGCCGGAGCCACGGGCAGGUGCCAAGGGGGGCAGCGGCCACGUGGAGCAUCCAGCUCCAGCCUCCAGCCCCCCUGAGAAGGAGCUGGGGGUCCCACCUGUCCCUGCUGCUGGGAGCAAGGGAGGAGCACCCCAAAAUCUCCCCGAGCACCUGGAGCACCCCCACCUGCCCAUAUGAGUGGCCUGAGGCCCUCUGGCUCCAUUAUUUAUUCCAUGGAUUGAUUAUUUAAUUGGUGGGGGCUGCUCUGGACAGAGGAUUCACCUGGCCCAGGGCCAGGAGUCCUUCACUCACCUGGUGGGGGUCACCUGUGCCAGGACUCACCUGAGCUGCAGCCUCUGGGAGCCUUCCUGUUCUCCAUCCCACCUGGCAGAGAUCACCUGUGCCAGGACUCACCUGAGCUGCAGCCUCCUGGGUCCCAUGGCAGCUCUGUCCCCCUUGGCUGCCUCCGUUUUCCUUGUUUUUAAGGGAAAAGUCAUUUUUCCCUAAUUCCUGUUUGUUUCAUGAAUGUCUCACCUGGGCUGCCUCCCAUCCCACCUCAUCCAGGUGAUGCUCCCACUCCCCUGCAGCUGGGAUGGGUGGGGAAACACCUGGAACUGGCACAAGAGACCCAGGACUGGAAUUCCCAAACUCACCUGGAACAUUCUGGGGGGGUUGAACCAACUUCAGCUCCUCGUUGGCUCCUCCAUCACCUGGAAGUGAUCACCUGUACCUGUGGGAACCCUCUGGGAUGUUCAUGCCCUGCUGGGGGUUGGAGCUGCCCCUCCAGGAGCAGGAUUUGGGAUGUGCAGGAGUGUCCCUGUUACCCUGUGGGUGCGAUGUCACCUGGGCCUGGAGCUCUCAGCUGCCUCCUUGCCCGUCCCAGGUGAGCUCCAUCCAUCCCUGCAGGUGAGCCUCACCUGGCUGUGUUUCCCAAAGAGCUGUUCCUGCCAUUCCUGCCCUCGGGAUCCAUCCCACGGAGCCCUGCAGGUGUGCCCAGGUGUCAGCUCCUGCUGCUCCUGCUGCUCUGGAGCUCCCUGUGCUGCUCCUCAGGUGCUUCCUGCUCACCUGUGUCCUUCUGGCUCCGGGCUCUCCACUGGCAUCAAACUGGUCAGACUGGGAUGGAUUCAGGUUCUCCAGGCUCACCUGGUCCCUCCAGCCCUUCCUUGGACUGGGAUUCAUGGAAAACCCACCUGUGCUCCGGACCUUCCUGCAGCCCUGGGGUCUGUCUUGGGGUGAAACUUCUCAUUUCUGGGGCUUUUGCCUCUUUUUUGGCUUCAGCCAGGUGAGAUCAACCUGGCCCAGCAGCAAUUCCAGCCUGGAAGAGGCAGGAGGGGGGGGAAAGGGGGCUGUGGGGUGGGGCUGCCUGUGGAUUUGCUCACCUGGAAGCUCUUGGAUUCUGGGAUCUGCUCACCUGCUUGGGUCUGUGCCCCAAAUCCUGCGUUCUGCUCACCUGGAUUCUACAGACUGUGGGAUCUGCUCACCUGGACCUGCUCACCUUGAGGGAGCUGCUCACCUUGAGGGAUCUUUGCCCCUGGAUCUGCUCAUCUAGAUCUGCUCACCUGAGCACUCCCAGGAUCUGCUCACCUGGACCUGCACAUGGAUCUGCUCACCAGGACCUGCUCACCUUGUGGAAUCUGCUCACCUGGAUCUGCUCACCUUGAGGGAUCUGCUCACCUUGAGGGAUCUGCUCACCUGGAUCUGCUCACCUUGAGGGACCUGCUCACCUGGACCUGCUCACCUGGACCUGCUCACCUGGAUCUGCUCACCUUGAGGGAUCUGCUCACCUUGAGGGAUCUGCUCACCUGGAUCUGCUCAUCUUGAGGGAUCUGCUCACCUGAGCACUCCCAGGAUCUGCUCACCUGGAUCUGCUGACCUUGAGGGACCUGCUCACCUGGAUCUGCUCCCCCUGGACCUCCUCACCUUGAGGGAUCUGCUCACCUGGACCUGCUCACCUGGACCUGCACAUGGACCUGCUCACCAGGAUCUGCUCACCUGGAGUGACCUGUGCCCCUGGACCUGCUCACCUGGAGGGAACUGCUCAUCUGGACCUGCACAUGGAUCUGCUCACCUGGACCUGCUCACCUUGUGGAAUCUGCUCACCUGGAGGGACCUGCUCACCUGGACCUGCUCACCUGGACCUGCACAUGGAUCUGCUCACCUGGACCUGCUCACCUUGUGGAAUCUACUCACCUGGAGGGAUCUGCUCACCUGGAGGGACCUGCUCACCUGGAUCUGCUCCCCUGGACCUGCUCACCUGAGCACUCCCAGGACCUGCUCACCUGGAUCUGCUCACCUUGAGGGAUCUGUGCCCCUGGAACUGCUCCCCUGGACCUGCACAUGGACCCGCUCACCUGGACCUGCUCUCCUGGAGGGCUGUGUGCCUCUGGCCCUGCUCACCUGGAGGGACCUGCUCACAUGGAUCUGCUCACCUGGGGGGCUGUGUGCCCCUGGCCCUGCUCACCUGGGUGCCCCCAGCCCCGGGGUCCCAGGGGCCCAAACCCCCCAGGGGCCCAAACCCCCCAGUCCAGCUGCCCCCCUCCCCGUUCUCCUCCUGACUUUUUGGUUUCACCCUUGGUUUUGGCUUUCCCAGCAGUUUUCCCACACUGGGGUGGGACCUCCCCACCACUUCUGGGGUUUGAGGUCCCCUGGUGCUCCUGGGGGGUCACCUGUCCCCUUUGAGGGGGUUAAAAGGGGUUUAAGGGGCUCAGAGUGGGGUUUUUAGGGGGUUUCGGGGAGGUUCAAAGUGGGGUUUUUAGUGGGGUUCAGGGAGGUUCAAAGUGGGGUUUUUAGGGGUUAUGGGGAUGUUGAGGCAUUUUUGGAGGUUGAAAGGGGUUGAGAGGGUUUUUAUGGGGUUGAGGGGUUCAGGACAGUUUAAAAAGGGGUUUAAGGAGGCUCAGAGGGGUUUUUAGGGGUGUGUGGGGGCUUCAGGCAGGUUCAAAGUGGGGUGUUUAGGGGUUCUGGGGGCAUUGAGGAGAUCUUUUGGGUUGAAAGGGGUUCAGAGGGGUUUUUAUGGGAUUUAGAGGUUUGGGACAGUUUUAAAAGGGGUUUAAGGGGCUAAAGGGGUUUUUAGUGGGGUUCAGGGAGGUUCAAAGUGGGGUUUCUGGAGUUAUGGGAUCAUUGAGGGUUUAAAAUGGUUCAGAGGGGUUUUAGGGGUUCAGAGAGGUUUGAGGGGGCUGAAGGGGGUUCAGUUGGGUCUAAAGGGGUUUAUAAAGAAAGUUAAAGGGUCUUCUAGGAGAUCAAGGGGGUUCCGAGGGGUUUAAGGGGCUUUAAAAAGAGUUUGAGGGGUUCAAGGGGAUUCAAUGGGGUUGGAGGGUGUCAAAGGGGUUUUUUAGGCUCUUGAAGGGGGGUUUAAGGGGGUUUAAGAAGGGCUUUAGGGGGUUCAGAGGAGUUUAAAGGGGCUCAGGUGGGGUUUAGGUUGGUUUAAAGGGUUUUUGGGGGCUCAAAAGGGGGUUUAAGUGAGUUCAGAAGAUUUAAGGGGGAUUAAAAGGGGAUUCAGGGGCCUUGAGUGGGUUCAAAGGGGUUUGAGGUUCAGGGGGUUCAGAGGAAGGGGGUAAAGGGUUAAAAAUGGGGUUCAGGGGGGCAUUUGGGGGUGCAGAGGGUGUUUUUGGGGUUCAGGGAGGGAUGUGAUGCUGUUCAGAGGUGUUUUAGGGCUCCAGAGGGGAUUUCAGGGGUUGGCAGGGCCAGAGGGGUUUUAGGGCAUUGCCGGGGUUAUUUUGGUGUCCAGGAGGGGUCAGAGGGGGGUCAGAGCACUUGGGGGGCGUUGAAGGGGUUCGGGGGGCUCCAGGGGCUUUGGGGGAGUCCAGAGGGGUUUUGGGGGGUCAGAGGGGAUUUCCCAGGGGGAUUUGGGGUGGGGAGGGGCCGGUUGCCAGCCCGGGGCCUCGGUGACCCCCAGACCCCCCGGGAGGUGCCCAAAUCCCCCAGGAACGGCCCCAAACCCGGCGUGACCCCCCGGGGCCGGGGAGAGGGGCAGGGACCCCAAAUCCUGCCCUGGGCCCCCCAGCUGGUGCUUCCCAAACCACGGAAUUCCUGGAUUUAUCCCAUUGCACCCCAAACCACGGAAUUCCUGGAUUUAUCCCAUUGCACCCCAAACCCCAGAAUUCCUGGAUUUAUCCCAUUGCACCCCAAAACCACAGAAUUCCCAGAUUUAUCCCAUUGCACCCCAAACCCCAGAAUUCCCAGAUUUAUCCCAUUGCACCCCAAAACCACAGAAUUCCUGGAUUUAUCCCAUUGCACCCCAAACCAUGGAAUUUCUGGAUUUAUCCUAUUGCACCCCAAACCCCAGAAUUCACAGAUUUAUCCCAUUGCACCCCAAAACCACAGAGUUCACAGAUUUAUCCCAUUGCACCCCAAAACCCCAGAAUUCACAGAUUUUUCCCAUUUCCCCCCAAACCCCCCAGAAUUCCUGGAUUUUUUCAAUUUCCCCCAAACCAUAGAAUUCCCAGAUUUAUCUCAUUCCACCCCAAACCAUGGAAUUCCACACCAAACCCCCCAGAAUUCCCAGAUUUAUCUGAUUUCCCCCCAGACCACGGAAUUCCCGGAUUUAUCCCAUUUCAUCCCAAACCCCCAGAAUUUCCACAUUUAUCUGACUUUCCUCCAAACCACAGAAUUCCCGGAUUUUUCCCAUUUCCCCCCAAACCCCCCAGAAUUCCCAGAUUUAUCCCAUUCCACCCCAAACCAUGGAAGUCCACCCCAAAACCCCAGAAUUAUCUGAUUUCUCCCCAAACCAUGGAAUUCCUGGAUUUAUUCAAUUUCCCCCCAAACCACAGAAUUCCCAGAUUUAUCCAUUUCAUCCCAAACCAUGGAAUUCCUGGAUUUAUCCCAUUUCAUCCCAACCCCCCAGAAUUCCCGGAUUUUUCCCAUUCCCCCAGCCCCCCAGAAUUCCCGGGUUUCCCCACCCCCCCAGCCCCCCGCGUUCCUGGAUCUGACCAGCCUGCAUUCCGUGGAUCUGGCCCUCGCUGGUGCUACAGCCCCCAAACCCCCUGGGCUCCCCAGGCCCCCCCAGGGUGCCCAAAGCGGCUUCGGAACUUCUAAUGGCAUUUUUGUUUCCUUUUUUAGCUUUUGUUCCCCUUUGUUCCACUUCUUUUUUAUUCCUUUAAUUUUGAAUUUGCUUUUUCUUUCCUUUUACAUUUAAUUUUAAAUUUUUUUUUUAAAUUUUGUUUUUAUUGCCUUUUUAUUUCUUUAUUAAAUUUUUACUUGCUCUUUCUUUUUUUAAAUUCAAUUUAUUUCCUUUUUAAUUUCCCUUUUGACUUUAUUCUUUCCUUAUUUCUGUUCCAUUUUUAAUUUCAUGUUGUGGUUUUUAAUUUCCAUUUUAACUCCACGUUUAAUGCCACCCAGUGAAUCCAAAGCUUCUCCCCACUAUUAUUCAUUUUUCCUGCUUUUCUGCAGUUUCCCAGGACAAUGCUGUAUUUAAAGAGAAUAUUUAAGUGGAAAAAUAAAAAGUGGUUAAACUUGA